AUGUCAAAGCGAGGACAUUCUCCUUCCUUCAACCGGGAUUUCCCUUGUCUUUCAUACCAACCCGGUAUCCACCAUUUGGCUCGGGAAGCUCCUGCUCGGGAUAAUCUCCCCCCACCAACAUCGGGAGUCCCACGAACAGGGUUUCCGCCACCCUCAUUUUUUUAA